AUGCCUUCGUUUAGAGAGGAUAAUUUCCUGAUAGUCCAGCCGGGCUCGCAGAACACGCUCGUGCGAUUUGGAAUUGAGGACGUGCUGAGUCCGCCCGCAUACAGCAUUCCCACGAAAGUGUACAAAAAUGCACAGGACACAGCGUACUACACCAUCAAACCCCAGGACGAGUCGCUCGCUGUGUAUCCCAUUGUGAAGGGCGAGAUCGUCGAUGUUCACGGGCUGAAUUUUCUGCUGAAGUGUAUUGUUCGCUCGAUUCUCAAGGAUCACCCCGUUUUGCUGCUCAACAGCAUCGCCUUUACGCUGGUGCAGACCUCCAACAGAUGGUCGAACGACGCGAUCGAAAUGAUCACCAAGUACGUUUUUGAGACGCUGCAGUUUGGGGCGUUUUCCAUAGUGCCUGCGUCGCUGUGCUCGAUGUUCUCGUACGGGUCUCUGGCCAAUGCCUGUGUUGUUGACAUUGGCUACGAAAAGACAGAGAUCACGCCGAUCCUGGACUACCAGGUGUACAUUCCGGGCAUCAAGGUCAUCGACAAGGGCGGAAACAGCAUAAACGAUAGACUGGGCAAAAUUCUGCCGGACCUGACGAGCGAUCAGGUGGAAAUGCUGAAGCGGUCAGCUAUUUUCGAGGUUUUGAGUGAGGAGGACGCCAAGAACUCGUUUUUCGGCGCCGAGCAGCUGGUGGAGAAAAAAGAAGAGGACGACGGCGUGCUGGACGUGGCGGCGAUUGUGACGAGCGACAAGCCGACGAGGGAAAUCUUGGCCGAGAAGGAGAAGGAGAAGCGCAAGAGCGGCAAGGCGGCGGCAGAGUCGAAGCCAAACAGCGAGCUGGAGACCAACACGUUUGUGGACAACGAGGGCAACGUUGUGAGCGUGGGCAAGGAGCGGUUCCAGGGCUGCACGGACCUGAUCGAGAGCAUUGGAGCGGCCAUCCACUGCACACUGUCGAAAAUCACAGAUCUAAAACGGGCGCAGGAGUGCUACGACAAUUUGAUCCUGGUGGGCCAGACGAGCAAAAUCAGCGGGUUCAAGGAGGCGCUUGUGGUGCAUCUGUACCGCAACUUUGUGGUCGGACAAGGCGCGACGUCUGCCCAAGGCGGAGCGUUCCGCGACACAAAUAACAUGAUUCAGGACCUGAACCUGAUCCAGGUGCCGAAACACGUCAAGCUGCUGAGCCGGCCGGACUACUUUGCCGAGUGGAAGAAGACCGGGUUCGAGGACUGCUCGUUUUUGGGCGCGCAGAUACUCGCGAAGCAGGUGUUCAACUCGCACGCCGUCGGAGGCUCCUUCCUGCGCGAGGACUACAUGGAAAAGGGCCCGCUUGGUAUUUGGCACAACAGGUUGUAG